AUGUAUGUAUCCCCGUGCAAAACAAAUCGAACUGAAAAUCGCUCUAAUUCGAACAUUCGUAAUGUGAAAAAUCGAACUGAUUUAAAUGAAACUAUAAUAUUGCUGCCCACCAAUCGACCGACAACCAGGAUUCAAACGGCCGCCGACAUGCGCUAUCUGCACGACCUGAAUGUCCAGAUAUCCCAGAACCGACGAUCCGUCUCCGUUUCCAAGCAACUGGACAGGGAUCUGUGCAACCAGCACUUCGACACCUUCGAAACGUUCUGGGGAAGACCAGGACACGGAGCCCGCGGCGACAAGAUCAACAAACUGAAACUGGACAAUCUGCUCUACGGCGCCAGCGAAUCGGCGUAAGGUCACGGAUACCUAAUACCUGGAUUGCUGAGGAUAUUCCAGGAUAUGCUCACCUGUUGACUGGCUCGUAGUUUGUGUGCUUAAGUCAUCUGCUCAGAAAUCGAUCGAUGCCAAGCCCCAAAAGAUCCCAAUUAUAUAAUAUUACUGGAUAGGAACUUCUUUAGUACUUAUAAAACUAUUUUUCGUUCUUCCGUAAGCCACUCAAAGUUCGCUAUUCCAGUAAUAUUAACACCAGCCUAGAAACCAUUUGUACUAUCUCUGUAAAAACUUUGCCAACUUGCCUCUAGUAAGCUGACCAAAGUUUUGAAAAGGUCGUGGUUUUCAAAAUUAAGGGAAAGUUAGGAAAAUAUAGUCAGGGCGGUGAAUUAAAAAAUGUCUUUGGUAGGAACAUUUAGUUAGUUUAAUAAAUAGGUAACAAAGAGAAAGAUAGUAGAUUCACGAA